UUGAUUUAAUAGAAAGCUGAAAUUUUUGGAAAAUUUUGUACAAUACUUGUCUUUCUAUAAAGGAUUGAAAGCCACAGCAGCAGGUUACAGCACCUAAAUUCCUUUGUUCUUUCUCUUGUGAGCGACUGACUUCAAUUUUCAAAGAGCUUGAGUUCUUCCUUUGACAAUGGCAGAAGCAACAAAAAGGUACGCAGUGGUCACAGGAGGAAACAAAGGGAUAGGUUUUGGGAUAUGCAAGCAAUUGGCUUCUGAAGGAAUCACGGUCGUUUUAACAGCCAGAGAUCCUAAGAAGGGCCUUGAAGCUGUUGAAAAAUUAGGGUCAGAUAUUGGUGUAUCAGGCCAAGUGAUUUUUCAUCAGCUCGAUGUGGCUGAUCCUACUAGUGUGUCAUCCCUCGCAAAUUUCAUCAGAAUCAACCUUGGAAAACUUGAUAUCCUGAUCAAUAAUGCAGGAGUUCCUGGGGCACAAAUUGACAAGGAUGCUCUGGAAGCGUCAAUGCCUGCUCUGGCAGAAGGGGCUGCUAUUGAUUUUAGUAAAGUCUUGACAGAAACUUAUGAACUUGCAGAAGAAUGUAUCAGAACGAACUAUUAUGGUCCCAAAGAAAUGUGUAAAGCAUUGAUUCCUCUUCUGGAGGUGUCAGACUCACCAAAGAUUGUUAAUGUUUGCUCCACAUAUGGGAAGUUGCAGUACAUGCCUAGUGGGUGGCCUAAAGGAGUCCUAAGUGAUGCCGAGAGCCUAACUGAAGAAAAAUUGGAGGAGGUUGUGAGCCAAUUCCUACCAGAUUUUAAAGAGGGCACAUUAGAAGCCAAAGGCUGGCCGGCUGGUUCAUCCGCAUAUACAGUCUCCAAAGCUGCCUUGAAUGCAUAUACAAGGAUUCUGGCCAAGAAGUACCGAUCUUUCUGCAUAAAUUCUGUCUGCCCAGGUCAUGUGAAGACAGAAUUCAGCCAACACACUGGUCCUUUGACAGCUGAUGAAGGUGCUGAAAGUGCUGUGAGGUUGGCUCUGCUCCCUAAUGGUAGUCAUUCUGGCCUCUUCUUCAGUCGCAGUGACGUGACAUCAUUUUGAUCUAAGCAUAGACAUUGCCAAAAUAAAGUUUAAACUCUCUAAUUCUCUAUAUCUAGUAUUAAUGUCCAGCACGUCUUUUUUGUAAUACAUCCAUUUAAUAAAUAAUACUGUUAUUUGAUGAGCUA